AGCAUUCAGUGAGCCGCGCUCAUUCUUAGGCGAGAUAGCGUGCAGUACGGUUGUACGUGAUCGAAAAUAGUAUUCGCAAUAAUUAAAAGCGAUCGUUCGUGAGAACAGUGCUUCUUAUUGGUAUACGAGCGAGUAUCCCAUUCAGUGGCAUUUUGGUGUAACGAGAUACAAGUGUGACUGAGACAAAAGUCAUGGCUGACAGUGGUAUCAAGCGCAAUAUUCCCAUCAAGCUCGGUGACUUCAGCGUGAUAGACACCGAAUUUUCCAACAUACGGGAACGUUUCGACGCCGAGAUGAGAAAGAUGGAGGAUGAGAUGUCACGGUUCCGUAGCGAGUUGAUGAACCGCGAAAGCAACAACUUCUUUAAGAGCACCACUAGUCGACAUCACACGAGCACCAGCGAACAUCGUACCUCGACUACCUCGAAGACCGAAGGUUGGGACAAGGUCGACCCUGCAGCACCGCCAAAGCGGUCCGCAUUCGACAGCUUCAAAAGCACGACGACGCAAAGCUCGACGCAGAACAGCAGUUCCCUGAGCCCGCAGCACGAUUCAGCCUGGCUCGACGGCCUGAACAGUCCACUCAUCCAGGAUGAAGGCGACAGCAAAAUGCUGAAGCUUCGAUUCGAUGUUUCCCAGUACACGCCGGAGGAGAUCGUUGUCAAGACCGUGGACAACAAGCUGCUGGUCCACGCGAAACAUGAGGAGAAAACAGAGAGCAAAUCCGUGUACAGGGAGUACAAUCGCGAAUUCCUGCUCCCCAAAGGAACCAACCCCGAGAGCAUCAAGUCUUCGCUUAGCAAGGAUGGCGUGCUCACCGUCGAGGCUCCGCUUCCGGCAAUCGGCACAGGCGAGAAGCUUAUUCCGAUCGCACACCAGUAGAUGCCCAAUCGACCGGAUGGAUACACGAGAAACCGAUCCUUAAAACUCCCUUCAAAACUCCACCAUCAUUCGUGUAUUCGUCAGAUCGCUCUCUUCCUGCUCCUUCCAUCAAUUCCCGUAAGUCCAUUUCUUAAUUUUAUCUUUUUCCUUUCUAUCCUCUUUCCUUGCUUUAUUUUUUUAAUGUCCUCCUCGAUGAAUCUUUCGCUGUGAAUCUUUCGUUACUUUCGUUUCUCUUCCCCGCCCAGGCUUCCUUUACCCCUGACGAUCGAAUAAAUUUUAUGCAUUUUCAUUUCUUUCGUUCCGUGUUUUCCUUUCUUCACGUUUCCGAUUGAAAACGGAAAAAUUCUACACUUGGAGUUCAAAUUUGAAGAUAAAACAACGUGAAGAGCUGCGACGAUGAAUUAUUAAUUAGCAGGGAAGCAAGGUUCACAGCGAAACGUGCUUACGAAACGUAAUUUCGAAAUGUAGUUAUUUGUCUAAUUUACUCGAGAGCCUCCACGUCGUACAAGAAAAGUGAAAGUCUAUUCUCUUUCGAGAGAAUGAAACAAAAAUAUCGACUAGUAAAAAGUAUCAAAAUAUUCAGUCCCUUUUCAGAAAUUGGUAAAAUGUUUCGCAUAUUUCCUUUUUAGCGAAAAUUCAAUUUCCAUUGUCCGAUGUGAUCAAAACCAAAUCUGUAACUCGAAAGGGCUAUUAUUUGAAAUGAUAAUCAAAUGAUUAAUGAAACGAAUCCUUUAUUCGAAGGUUGCAGAAACGUGACGAGCACAUUCGAUGUCUGUCAAACGAAUCGCCUAAUUUUAUAUAUAUCUAUAUA